CAACGACAUUUUUAUAUAGACCGCAACCCGACCCAACCCUACCCAACUAGGGUUUUGUGUUCGGAUUCCGAUUCCGAUUCCGAUUCGGAGAUAGUGGGGAGGUGGAAAGGUCAGAAUCGAUUCAGCUCCAUCUCACGUCGGCUCUUCAUCGGAAGAAGAUUCUUGUUCCUCGCGAACGAUAACCACUCAAAUCUCGUCGGGAACAAGGCCGAUCAUCUUCCUUUUAGAUCUGGGUCGAUCUUGUUCUUCUGCCCGAAUCGUGUCUUGGGGGAGUGUCUCUGCGCCAUGGGAAGAGGAAAGUUCAAGGGCAAGCCCACGGGUCGCCGCCAGUUCUCGACUCCCGAUGAGAUGAUUGCGGGUACUUCCAGUCGUCCUCGCACAUUCAGACAGGAAGAAGCUGAGCGCGUAGAAGAAGAAUCUGAAGAAGAAUCGGAAGAAGAAUCAGGAGAAGAAUCUGAAGAGACUGAAAAGCGGAAAGGGACUGAAAGUGUUAUUCAAAUUGAAAAUCCAAAUUUGGCAAAGGCAAAGAACUUGAAAGCCAAAGAUGCCGAUGCAAGCAAGACAACUGAACUUUCAAGGCGGGAAAGGGAGGAGAUAGAAAAGCAGAGAGCUCAUGAACGGUACAUGAGGCUACAGGAACAAGGAAAAACAGAGCAAGCCAGGAAAGAUUUAGAGCGUUUAGCCCUCAUUCGGCAACAAAGAGCAGAAGCCGCCAAGAAGCGAGAAGAAGAGAAAGCCGCCAAAGAUCAGAAGAAGGCAGAAGCUCGCAAAUGAUCCAUAGAAAGCGCGCACGGAGGGGCUUUCUCUUGCAAAACAACAAAAAGAAUAUGUGAAGAUUAAAGACAUUACUUUCCUAUUUUAGCAACUGUGCAAACUAUUACAUUUUUUUCUACCUGGCGUUACUACUUAAAAGUAUGUAGUACUGUUCUCGAUUGGCCUUCCUACGAGUAAAGGCUCCUCUGGUAACUAUUUAG